AUGAAUACAUUAAACAAUGUUAUCAAUUUGAUGGACAAUCAUACUGAAUCUAGUUUAAAUGUACCGUUGGAAGAUUACAUUGAACAUUACUCGCUAGUAGAAAAUGCACAGAUUGAAAUAGUUGAUGUUCCUGAUUUUUUUACUACAUUUGACGUACCUAGUGAAAAUGCAAACAUAAUUAGCAAUACACAUUCUUUAAAAAUUUGUGAUAAUGUUAGGGUUUACGAUUCAUCGAUGCGAGAAAAUUUUAAUGAUACUUAUAUAGAAAACUGCGAUUUAAUAUCCAAUUUUAGUGAUAAUUUUGGCGAUCCUAAAUUAGUUCCAUACUCAUCAAGUUCAGAAAACGAUAGCGAUACUUCCUUGCCUGAGAAGAGUAAAUUCAGAAAAAGACGAACUCAAGUAAAUAAAAAUACCUGGUUUGCAGAAAAAAAUAAAAAAUUGCGCGAAAAAGGCUCUCAAUAUUAUGGCAAAAUUAAAAAAAAUUCUAAAUGGGUCUAUGAAAGUUUAAGAGAACCAAAGCGUUUAAAAGACAGAUGCAAAUGUACCAGAAAAACAGGCAUAAUCAAGUGUGGCAUUAUAAAAGAUGAAGAAAGAAUGAAACUAUUCAACCAAUUUUGGAAAACAUAUACAUGGGGAGAGAAGAAAAUAUUUGUUAAUGAUACUGUUCAAUCAGCUGCAACAAAACGUCAUAGGAAUCGAAAACUGUCUGAUAGUUCUCGACGAGCUCAGUCAUUCAAGUAUAAUUUAAAAACAGCUGAUGGUAGUUAUGUAAGAGUUUGCAAAACUAUGUAUUUAAAUACUUUGGGCAUUGGAAGAAUGACUGUUAUUGCUUGGAAAGAUAGAAUUAAAGAUAAUACUUGCAUUCCUAGUCAACUUAGAGUUAACAGAGAUAGUUAA